GGGAAAACCUGCGUGUUCUCCACCAUCGCCCUGGACGCGGUGCUGCUGGAGAGCCCCGCCACGCAGAUUCUGAUCUUGGCUCCUACGCGAGAGAUUGCUGUGCAGAUUCAUGCUGUGAUCACAACUAUAGGAAUAAAAAUGGAAGGCUUGGAAUGCCACGUCUUCAUUGGAGGGACUCCUUUGAACCAGGACAAAAGCCGGCUGAAGAAGUGCCACAUAGCGGUUGGCUCUCCAGGUCGAAUAAAGCAGCUCAUAGAGUUGGACUACUUGAAUACAGCUAGUAUCCGGCUUUUCAUUCUUGAUGAAGCGGACAAGCUUCUAGAAGAAGGCAGCUUUCAGGAGCAAAUCAAUUGGAUUUACUCUUCACUACCAGCCAAUAAGCAGAUGCUGGCUGUUUCAGCUACUUAUCCUGAAUCAUUAGCUAAUGCUUUGACCAGGUACAUGAGAGAGCCGACAUUUGUGAGGUUGAACCCUACUGAUCCAAGCCUCCUUGGGCUGAAGCAGUAUUACAAAAUUGUGAAUUCCCAUCCGCUUCCGCAUAAAACAUUUGAGGAAAAAACCCAGCACCUACAGGAGUUGUUCAGCAAGAUUCCGUUUAAUCAAGCCUUAGUCUUCUCAAAUUUGCAUAGCAGGGCUCAACAUCUGGCUGAAAUACUGACAUCCAGAGGCUUUCCUGCCGAGUGCAUUUCGGGCAGCAUGAAUCAAAAUCAACGACUUGAUGCUAUGGCUAAAUUAAAGCAGUUCCACUGUAGAGUUCUGAUUUCCACAGACUUGACAUCUCGUGGAAUCGAUGCAGAAAAAGUGAAUCUGGUUGUCAACCUGGAUGUCCCCGGAGACUGGGAAACGUACAUGCAUCGUAUUGGCCGAGCCGGGCGCUUUGGGACUUUGGGGUUGUCUGUGACGUACUGCUGCCGUGGAGAGGAAGAAAACAUGAUGAUGAAGAUUGCUCAGAGGUGUAAUCUCCAGCUGCUUCCUCUGCCAGAGCCUAUACCUCCUGGAAUGAUGGAUCAGUUUGAAGAUGGGGAGGUGGAAGUCAGACCUGUGACACAUACGGGUGCUUCAGUGAAGUCUGACACUGUGUGUCUUAGACCAGAGGAGCCAGUACCGAAGCCUGACCAAUGUAGUUUUUCAGAGGUACCUCGGCCGCUUCCUAGUCUUCCAGGUGAUAAUUCUUCUGUAGAAAGGCCAAAAAAGGCUCUGAAGCAAAAGCAGAUUAAAUGCAGGAAUUCUGCAAAUACAGAAAAAAGCAGCAGAAAGCCCCAGACUUCUGGCUGCUGCACGGAACAGAGGAAUCAAGUCAAAACUGUCUCCAAAAGGGAUGGACAACAUAACGCUCAGGCUCCAGAUGAGGAGGCCUUAAAAAGAAAUCUUCCCAGAAUUCCAUGCUUGUCAUCUUUCAAAAACCAACCAAACAAUCCCUGGAGCUUCUCAGAGUUUGUUGAAGACUAUGAGUAUUUCAUUAAAGAAGGGUUGGAGAGAGAGGUGGAAAUUUUAAGAAGCUAUUCGGGCCCAGGAGAACAAUGUGAGCUCCCCAGAAAUGGUGGUGUAGAGUGGAAAGAGGUGGGACAUAAUACAGAGACGCUAGCAAACGGUGGCAUUUCUGGUGACAGUGACAGUUCGUGCAGUUCCAGGGCUUCCUCCAGCAGGAGGGAAAAUGACUCCUGCUUUGAAGCGUUUUCAGAUACACCGGAGAAGGAUGCUGUCCCCACGGUGCAUCAGGGUCGUGCAGGCUUCUGUCCUGCACCGGAGAAGCCUCGGGAGCUCUCACAAGUCCCAAAGCAAAAUCAAGUGAAAAAGAAAGUUCUGAACCAAAAUGCUAAACCAAAGAAAAGCUGUUGCCAUCAAUUCCCUAGCCCUUCCGUGAGAAAAACGGAAGACGACUGCUCCCGCAGCUCCUGCGAUGACGGUGUUCCGCAUGAGGCUUGGAGUUACCCAAACUACUGGAAAUCUUACUACCAAGCCUGGCAAAACUACUACGCUGCGGUGUCCCACUACAGGAGAAGUUACAGACAGUUUAACUGGAUGAGUGCCUAUCAUGUCAACUCAGUCUAUCUUCAGGAACUGCUGAAAAGUGGUGAUUGA